UUUCUUACUAGAUUUGUCAUCGUUUACUAACACAUUUUUCAAUUGAUACAAUUUGUCUAGUUUGAAAGAAAUGGCUAUGAAAAAUGCAUUAAUUCUCGUCCUAGGACUCUUGGCUAUGGUUCUUCUAAUCUCCUCAGAGGUGUCAGCAAGAGACUUAGCUGAGACUUCCUCUCAUACUAAAAAGGAAACUGUUGAAAAAACCAUACAAGGUCGUGGAGGCUACAACGGUGGUAGUUACAAUGAUCGUUAUUCUGGUAAUGGUGGUUAUGCGAGUAAUGGAGGCAGGUAUGGUGGUUAUCCGAGUAAUGGAGACGGGUAUAAUGGUGGAUAUGUUGGAGGUUAUCCGGGUAAUAAUGGUGGCAGUUAUAAUGGUGGCAGUUAUAAUGACGGUUAUUCAGGUAACAAUGGUGGUUAUAAUGGUGGUAUUGGCGGUGGUUACCCACGUAAUAUUGGUGGUUACAAUGAUAAUCGUGGUGGUUAUGGUGGUGAGGAUGUUGAUGGACAAACUAUAGACAAGACACGCAACUGAUAACCAUAUCAUCAUACAUGAUACUUUAAUAAUAAAUUUCAUAAAUAAA